AUGACUACUGAUGAACAAAAUCUUGGUGAUAAUUCAUUACGUAAACUAGUGAUACAUGCUCAUAAUCUUCCAAUUCCAAGUGAAUUAGGUUUAAAACUUUUACAAUAUUCAUCAAUAAUUUGUCAAUAUUGUUUAUUAAUUCUAUUCGAUGGACUUUCAUGGCCAGAUACAUCAAUAAUGACAAAAAUGUCAAAUAUAUGUCAACCAUUAAUUAAACAUCUUUCUUUAUUAGGAAAUGGUAAUAAUGCUUUGAUACGACAACUUUAUAUUUAUAUAUUAUGUGCACUUAAAAUUCAUAGUGAUAAUAAACCACUUGUUUGUAUUUUACUUUCAUUAGUUAUAUUGAUGUAUGAAACAUUUCAACAAACAUCAACAAAUUUAUUUGAUAGUAUUCUUAUGGAAAUACCUGAUGUUAAUAAUGAACAAGUAAAUAAUUAUCGUGAUAAAAUGCAAAAGCAAAACAAUGGAAAACCAUUAAAUGAUAAACAAAAACGAGAUAUUUUAAAACAUUUAGUACAACCAUCAAUGGGUCAAAAUGUUGUACAAAUGUUUAAACGUGAACCAUUAGCAUUAAGUGAUUUACCACCAUUAAUACGUUUUUCUAAACGUUCACUUCAUCCGGUUUUAUAA